AUGUUGAAGCAUUCCACGAUAGUACUCUUCGCUGGUCUGGUUGUGACCAGAGCACUCGGCAUAGACCCAUGCGUCGAUAUUGCUGGUCAAAAAUGGGUUUCCCCAGCUCAAGCGCGACUCUGCCUUCAGUCUUUCCCAGUCGACAACGACCUGAAAGCCAGCACUAUCCAAACUCUUAACCGCACACUAGCCUUUCAUACCUCCGUAAAUUACCAGAUUCAAGCACCUCCCCCGUUUGAUACUGAGGUCCAUGAAGAUAUUAUCAAGGACCUGGCAAGAAUCAGCGAAAGCCCUUACCCUUCAGAAUUCGCUCUUCACCUUGAUUUGUUCUACUCGUUCCGGCGACUGAUGGAUGGGCACUGUACGGUGUUAAAUCUUUGCUAUGAUUCGGUCUUCAUAAGCUAUUUGCCAACACCUCUCGCGCUUCUGACCACGGAAGACGGCUUUCAACAUGUACAUAUCGCUCCCGAAGCUUUCGCUAUUGCCUCUGCCGAAUUCCCAGACCAGAUUGAGCUUUGGCAAAAUGCACUUCCAGGAGACUUGAAAGGCCAACUAGCGACGUUAUCGGGAGCCAAAGUUCUGCAGAUAAAUGGGCAGGAUCCGUGGUUAACCGUCGACGCCAACGCUAUGACAACAGGAGGAUACCAGAGCUUUGGUACUCGCCAGAACUCUUUUUUCUCGAGCUAUUCACGUGGAGCUUCUGGAUGGUCCUAUAUUAUGGGGAAUUUUGCGCAACAAGUUCAUCCACUGACAGAUUCAGUCGAUUUGACCAUUCAACGCGUCAAUAGCAGCCAAGUCGAACACAUUACAUUGCCUUAUCGUUCCCGCUUUGGCUCGAGCGCCAAGAAUUUCACUGACUCAGCAUCCUUCAGAGCGAAUAAUUGUAUGAGCCAGAAGGGAACCAAUGGGAUCAAUCUUUACGACUCAGUCUCUGUUUCUGAGAAUAUCGACACCAUUCCUACCAUUGCACACUUCGAGCAACAACCACAACUUGAUCGCGAAGACAGAAAGCGGCCGAUCAAUGUCCUCGUGGACGCUGCUCCGCUGUGGGACAUUGACCUUCCGGAAGAAUUGCAUCCCACUCCUCCCGCACUAAAUCAAAGCUAUAGUGUUGCUCAGUUUUACAUGCUGAAUAACACUGGCGUUUUAGCUCUCGGAUCUUUUUCAGCGGCCAAUUUCACGGCAUUCAUGGGAAGUUUAUUGGACGGCCUUGCUGAACUAAAGGCUUUGGGUGCAACCCGGCUUAUCAUAGAUGUUACUAACAACGGAGGAGGAUAUAUCUGCAUCGCGCAUUGGCUCCAUCGCAUCAUUGUUGGUCCUAGAGCAACUACGGAACCCAAUGCCGGAUUACUCACCACGAUCCGUGCUGGGACCCUUGCUCAACAUGUCGUUGAAAAUAUCAACGCUGGCGGCGACCCUGACGCUCUGUUGCUUUAUAACCCCACCAACUGGCACAACUCUUCCAACCUUCCUUUUAGCACAGACUACAAUUGGCUGAAACCAACAGUAAACCCUACCAUCAACGGUCAUGCCGAUGCUUUCAGUCCUCAACUUGGCGCAGAAUGUCAGCCUUUCGAGAUGACACCGCCUGACCAUGCUUUAUUUGAACCUGAAGAUGUUGUCAUCAUCUCGAAUGGACGUUGCGCAAGCUCUUGCUCACUCUUUAGCAUCACAAUGUCGAAGCACGAAGGGGUCAAAACAGCAGUCGUGGGCGGCAAGAAAGAAACUAGACAGCAAUAUUGCGGCGUCGUUGGUGGUCAAAGUACACAUUUCGUUGAGAUGGACACUGAAAUCAAGUCAACUGGGCUCAAGAAAGUUGAACUUGCUCCCCCUGAUUUCCAGACGAACAGUGUUCUGGGUAUAACGUGGCGUCUCGCCUUCGGGAUCGACGAUCCUGAAAAGCCAGAAGAAUGGCAAGAUCACCCGGCGACAUUCAAUAUCCCAGUCACAAUGGACACGGUGAACAAACCCUCAGAACUGUGGAAAUAUACGGCCAAUGUUAUAUUUGGCGAUGAGAUCGCCUUGCCGGGAGAUUCCCAGGCAUAUUUUUCAUUGCACUAA